UGAUGAGGUGUUCGAGUCAACAGCUCUGUACCAAUCGCAGUUUCUGGCAACCAUUGGAGAAAAAUUUGCAGACAAGAAUGUGCUCGUCGUGCUUGCGUUUCUCGGACUGGUAGUGGACAAAAACUAUGCUGACAUAUAUUUUAAAGGAAAUAAGAUGAUUGUUUUUCCGCGACGAAGCACUAGAGACGUGAACAUUCGCAGUUCACCAAUCAAAUCAAAACAGUUCCAUGCAUUCGGCCAAUACAUCAAAGAGUACUCAGAGAUAAGAAAAGCAAUGUUUAGCGAGGCUCAGUGCUAUUUUAUGUCUUCUGAUCAAGAAAUUCCGGGUGUUAGAAGCCUUAGGAUCCAUAAACAUGUUUUCAUCGAUGAAUUGGCAAAACUGCUGCGCAUACUUUAUGAUGAGAUUGAAUCGCGUAUCCUUGUUGAUGGUAAUCCUUACAAUGUAUUAUUUCGAACUGAGCCUGCAGUGCCGAAUGCUCCGUCCGAAGUAGACCAGCGAGCCCUUUCAAUGAUGCCAUAUAAGAAAAUGGUGGAUGUGUAUAACAAAUAUUACGCAACAUUCAUCCAUGAAAUGUCGCCAUCAGUGUUAACUCGUUGCCAUCUUGUAUUUCCUCGAGUUAUUGGAAUAUAUUUCUGCAUCAACCUACAAUCCAACCACAUACAUGCGCUGGGGAUUACUUUACAGACGGUUUUCCCUGAGCACUUCUUCGAAUAUCCUUCAAAUGGCGAAGAUAGAAAUGUUAUCGUAACGAAAGUGUCUGUUACUCGACAAUUGAUCAGAAAGCUCAAGUUAAUUGACAUAAAAGAUAAUACUCGCGUACUCUUGCCUGUUUUGCUCUCUUACACGAGUGAAAUUCACCUUACUAUAGAUGAUCGUAUGGCUAGCCUCGAAGAAUUGAUUAUAUUGAAGAAAAUAAUCAAAGGACACAAUAUAACCAGUUUUGUUGCGUCAAUAUUUGACAUAUACGGGUUUUCGUUUCACUACUUUGUGGAAGAGACCUCAUUGGAUAAAGAGAAAGUGUUGGUUUUAGAUCUAAGUGAAUGUUCCCUCGAGGAGCAUGA